CAUUCACGAGUAAUAAGACGAGUGAUGAACAUCCGUGGCGCACUGACGCACCAAGUUCAGCACCAAAACAAGCUCUGAGCCGCGCGCGCACAGCGGAGCGACCAUUGUGGAGUACAGUACCAUGCGAGGAGGGGACGCCUGCUGACACACAAGAAGCGCGGCUGUGGAUAUUGGUCUUCCCUCACCUUUGGAUAACUUGCUUUCCCCCUGGACGCUUUUGACGCACGCCAACAAGGAGCUACGGGGAGAACUCCCUGGGAGUGAAGAAGGAUUUAUACGUGUUUUUAGAGAUCUAUUUUUUCUUUUCUUUCCAUUUGUUUACCUUGGUGUAAAUACUUUGGAGUAGGAAGGUUUUGCUGCUUCUACUGGCUGGUGACGCGGCUGCCCUGGAGAAGCGAGAAGGAUGGCAGCCUGGUUCACCUUUACCAUUGCAUUCAGCACCACGUUGAUAUCACAGGUAUUUGGAUCCGGUGUUUUUGAGCUUGAUCUCCACGAAUUUAAAAACCACAAAGGUUUGCUGGCGAACGGAAACGCGUGCAAACCCAACUGCAGGACUUAUUUCAGAAUUUGCUUGAAGAACUAUCAGGCUGUGGUCUCGCCAGGUGACUGCAUCUUUGGAAGUACAAUGACAGCGGUGCUGGGGACAAACUCUUUCAGCGCCAAGGACAGCGGCACUUUACCUAAACCGAUUCAGAUACCCUUCUCCUUUGGAUGGCCGGGGUCAUUUUCAUUAAUAAUUGAAGCCUGGCAUUCACCUUAUGGAAAUCUACCUGUAGAUACCAACAACCCAGAGUUUUUGAUUAGCUUUAUGGCCAUCCAGAGACAGCUGGGAGUAGGAACGGACUGGUCUCAGGACAUACAGACUGUAAAGCACACCGAGCUGAGAUACUCUUACCGGUUCAUCUGCAACGAAAGUUACUACGGGGAGAGUUGUUCCAAAAAAUGCGCGCCCAGGGACGACCGAUUCGGCCACUACACCUGCACCCGAGACGGGCAGUUAUCCUGUCUGCCUGGAUGGAAGGGGAAAUACUGCGAAGAACCUAUCUGUCUGGAGGGCUGCAGCGAGAGGAAUGGAAACUGCUCCAAACCUGGCGAGUGUGUAUGCAGAGACGGCUGGCAGGGCACCUUCUGCGACGAGUGCAAGAAGUACCCGGCCUGCAAGCACGGCACCUGCCAGCUGCCGUGGCAGUGUAACUGUCAGGAGGGCUGGGGAGGCCUAUUAUGUGACCAAGACCUGAACUUCUGCACCCAUCACCACCCGUGUGUGAAUGGCGCCACCUGCAUGAACACAGGACAGGGCAGCUAUACGUGCACUUGCCUGCCAGGUUUCACAGGGGUCAACUGUGAGCUGGAGAUGCAGGAGUGUGACAGCAACCCCUGCAGGAAUGGAGGGAUAUGCACAAAUCUAGAGAGCGGCUACAUGUGCACAUGCCCCCAAGGUUUCGAGGGCUCGCACUGUGAGCACAGCCUUCUGACGUGCGCCGACUCCCCGUGUUUCCACAGAGGCAAAUGCUGGGAGAAGGACAAUGGCCGCAGCUAUAUGUGCGAGUGUCCCCGCGGCUACACCGGACUCAACUGUGAGAAGAGAGUGGACAAGUGCACGUCGCUUCCCUGCGCUAAUGGUGGGCUGUGUCUGAUCCACGGUGGCGUGCGUGUGUGUAGCUGCCGUUCAGGAUUCACAGGCCAGCGCUGUGAAAUCAACAUCAACGAGUGUGCCGGCAACCCCUGCCUCAACGGCGGCACCUGCCAAGACCGAAUCAACGACUACACCUGCGCCUGUCCUGCAGGCUACGGGGGACGCAACUGCGACAGAGUCCUGGACGAGUGCUCCCUUCACCCUUGCCUCAACGGGGGCCUUUGCACCGGCGGUGGCGGGCCAGGCAAGCCUCCAGCGACCUGCAUCUGCCCUUCAGGCUUCACCGGGCCUCGCUGCGAGUUCUUCGCCACCGUCACCUCCCCCCCGAAUGGAGAGCCUAAUGACGGCUUCCAGUGGGCUGCGGUUUCUCUGGCGGUGGGGCUGGUGGCGCUGCUGGUGCUUCUGUGCAUGGUGGGCUUGGCGCUGAGGCACAUCCACAGGCAGGCGCAGAGAGACAGGGGAGACACAGAGACUAUGAACAACUUGUCAAACGUUCAGAAAGACAACCUGAUCCCCGAGUGCCAGCUGAAGAACACAAACCAGAAAAUGAGCCUGGAGGUGGACUGCGAUACGGAGAAAUCGAACUUUAUCCAUAAAAACUAUCACUUGGACUCUUACAACUAUAAAUCGAAGGAGUUCAAGGAUGAAAAGUCGCAAGAGGAUAAAAGUCUUAUUUAUGACAAAUGUUUAGAAGACAAAAUGCCCUUGAGUAGAAUGUACAGUGAAAAGCCAGAGUGUAGGAUAUCAACGAUAUGCUCCUCGAGAGACUCCAUGUACCAGUCGGUAUUUGUUAUAGCGGAGGAGAGGAGGGAGUGCGUCAUAGCAACUGAGGUAUAAACUGUGAGGGGUUCUGAAAGCGAGGGAACGAGGAGAAAGACACAAUCGAGGCAGAAUGAAACAUUCUGGAUUGUUUACAAAUGCUGAGAAGAGACUGGAGAUUGUUUUAGAUGUCCACUGCUGCUCUGGAACACUUGAGGAACUGGGGAGGGCAGAAACCUCUGCUCCGUGAAAAACACAGAAAAAAGGAACUGAGAAACUUUAUGUUGACCGAGUGUUUGUAUGCAAAACAUGUACAGUGAAGGACCUCUCUCAGUUGUGACAAUGGUUGAACGGACUGGCAAAUAGACUGACUACACAAGGUGUGGAGACUGAAAUAUUAAUUUAUAAUCUCGGGCCAUCCUGGACAGUAGAAGGAGGUGAAGGUGGAUCGUUGCUCCUCGUAUCUGACCCGGCCUUGUGUGAUAAUCAUGACUUUGACAGCCAACCAAUCAGUAAAAAAAAAGGUGCCUAAGAUAUGACCCCUUCAAAUCCCCCCACCCCCACCCACACCCCCACCCACACACUCACUCCUGCCAGCUUCGCCUGCUAUGCAAGACUCAGGGUUGAGACGAGUGAACUCACCCCACUGUCACAAUCCAACCUCACAAACACUGAGAGUUAUGAAUGUCUGAAACUAAUCUUCAACUGUCAAUCAACGUGAAAAUGACUGGUUGGACUUUUCCAUGCAACGGUGAAGAUUGUAUGCAGCCCAAAAUUCACUAGAAGCCUUAAAAGAGGGGGUUUGAACGCUAAAUUUGUGCCCUUGUCUGUUCUUGGAUCAUUUGCACUACAUGAAAAAAAAACAAAAUCGGGGGAAAACACUUUUUAAUCAACAGGGAUUUGAAGAGAAAAACCACAGGAGCGCAAUAGUCAGUGCUGUGCCAGCAAGAUCCAAGAAAAAGUUUGCAUAGAAAAGUAUUUUUCUAUGCAGCUGAACUGAGAAACACAAAGACUCAUAACAAGGAGAAGAGACUGUCACACCACUGCCUGCCUAUAAUAAAUUUCAAAAAUACAGAACCAAUAAUGUAAUUUUUUAAAAUGAUUAUUUCCAGAGUUUAAUUUAAAUAUGACACACUGCUCUUUAUAUGUUUUAUAAUAUUAUUUUGUAUAUAAUGCAUAUUUAUAAGGACCAAACUUCUGAAGAAUAAAACUUCCUUGAAAACUGUUUUUAAUUUGAUGUCAGUGAAUGGAAAAGGAACUUAUUUUUGAGGUGUUUUUAAAUAAUGAAACUGAGUACAAAUGA